AUGGCCCGCCGGCGGCGCAACGACCCCACAUCCUACUCCAACACUGUGGAUCAUACAGGGACCUCACGAAGACGCCGUGCCCGAAGGCGACGCAGCAGGGAGUCCUCCUUAGAGCGAGUGGAGCGAGAGGCGUACCUCACGGAGGUUUCUGUUGCUCAACAACUUGGAUUUAUAGAUAGACCAACAGCCCAGCAACCAGACGAAAGGCCUCUCGAGAACCAAGAUACCCUCUUCGAGCCGCAGAUUGGAAGCUACGCAGACCACGAAAUUGACAAGAAUCCAGAGAUACUUCCGAGCGCUGCCCACGCGGCAUAUUUCCGAAGUCGUCGUUAUGCAGAAGAUUGUGAACGGAUUAGUCAACAAUGGAGUGAAAUCGAGGAGAAAACAGCCGCGGCUUUCACCGAAUGCCAGGAAACUUACCACAACUGGACCACCCUUCCUAAUAGCUACGACUUACCCCCCGGCACUUGCAGUUGUGCAGCAACCAAUACUCGAAAGCUUGAUCUUAUUGACAUCACCAUCCAGGACGAUGGUUUGAAUAGCUCCGCAUCCGACCGCUGGGCAAGCAAGUGUCCUCGCUGUUUUGGACCAAAAGAGGGUGAAAUAAAGGCACACCCUCAUGAACCGGACAUGAUCGUGGCCUUGGAUGGCAAUUUCCAACAGCGCCACUAUGCCUAUGCCAGCAAGGACAAUCCUGCCGAACAUCAAUACCCAGACAGUUUCAUCAGGCCUUCACAGAUAGCUGCCGAUGCUGUAUUGUUCACUGCGACUAACUCAGCAGCUGCCGGGAUUGAUCUCCAUGCAACACCAAACCAACAUACCCCUGGGCAAAACUAUACCAACCAAUUCCUCGAAGAACAGUGGCAGCUGGAAAAAUCUUACCACCUCAACACUGACACAACGGAGCGACAUGAAGUUGAACUUGGCCGUCUGCUCUGCCUUGAAGAGGAACUCAACCUUGCUUGGAACACUCUCCGGAUGACCCCGGAGCAAGUACUUGUCCAAACCAACACACUUGUCAGAGUACUGAGGUUGCUUGAGGAACAGAGAUCUGUUGUAGGUACCGCUGGCGUAGCUGAUGACUUGUUGGCUGAACAACGCGAUGAAAUGAAGAAAAUCUGGUAUCUAAAAACCGAACUCCGCAAGUCAUUCUUGGCUCUUGUGGAAGAGAAGCAGCCCUUGCUGCGAGUUUGCCGGGCAGGUGAAAGUUCAACACUAGGGACGCGUGGACAGCAAAAGCUGCAAGAUGCUCUCCGCAAACGGGCUGGAAAACUUCGCACAGUGCUUGAAAGCUACAACAGCCAUGUGUCUUUGAGGGUACUCAAACCCAAACAGGCGACCAGAUUCUUGUAUCGGAUUGGAACACUCAGAUUGAACAAAUUAAAUCCACAAUGGCGCAAGGGUGUCUUUCGCAAAUUCCUGGCGACCUUGACGAAACCCACGUUCAAUUACUUGCAGGUGGCCAAGUAUCCAACCCGCAACAACCGGCUGGCGGACCGCAACAGAACCGAACCAAUGUCUUAUUCUAUGUAA